GGAGGCGGGGCUUGGGGGUGGUUGAAGCUCUGGUGGGUUGGUGGGUUCAGACCGAAAGGACUACGGGUCGGCGUUUGGCUCAGUGGGCUCGAAACAAAGGACUAUCCGGUAGGGACUCGGCGCGGUGCCUUCUGACCGGUAGCUGAGCGGCCCAUCGAGGUUUCUCGGCCAACCAGUACCCUCACCGCGCGGUCUCAGUAGGCUUCUCCUCGGUUCCCUACAGCCAGCGCCGUGGUGGGGGGCCCCGCACAGCGGCACCUGCUGCUGAGGGACCCCGCGGCCCGCCCAGGUGCUCAUGAUGGGGCUGAUCUUCGCGAAACUGUGGAGCCUCUUCUGUAACCAAGAACACAAAGUAAUUAUAGUGGGACUGGAUAAUGCAGGGAAAACCACCAUUCUUUACCAAUUCUUAAUGAAUGAAGUGGUUCAUACAUCCCCAACCAUAGGAAGCAACGUUGAAGAAAUAGUUGUGAAGAACACUCAUUUUCUCAUGUGGGAUAUUGGUGGUCAGGAGUCCCUGCGUUCAUCCUGGAACACGUAUUACUCAAACACAGAGUUCAUCAUUCUUGUUGUUGAUAGCAUUGACAGGGAGCGACUAGCCAUUACAAAAGAAGAACUAUACAGAAUGUUGGCUCAUGAGGAUUUACGGAAGGCUGCAGUCCUUAUCUUUGCAAAUAAACAAGAUAUGAAAGGGUGCAUGACAGCAGCUGAAAUCUCUAAAUACCUCACCCUUAGUUCAAUUAAGGAUCAUCCGUGGCACAUUCAGUCCUGCUGUGCUUUAACGGGAGAAGGGUUAUGCCAAGGUCUAGAGUGGAUGACCUCCCGGAUCGGUGUGAGAUAACUUUUUGCUUGAAAAGAGACUGCUCUAUUUAUUCUGUGACAUGAACAUUUUCCUAGUACCUUUGGCUGCUAAGGCAGCAGCAUGUUUAAUUUAUAACAACACAAACCUCUAUGAGCAACACUUGAAUCAAGUGCAGCUGAACUGGAACAUAAAAGAUUUUUUCUUAACUUUUUUUUAAUGCACUAAUCUUCAGUUGGAUGAACAUAAUGUGUAACUAUGUUUUCAGCAACAUAAUUCUUCUGACUGCUGAUUCUAACUAUUCAAUGACUGCCUUGUAAGAAAUGUUUGUCAUAUGUUUAAUGUUUUCCGAAGUAUUGUAAUACCUUUAAUGACCAGUUUCUUUCAUUUCUUGACCACUCCCUUUCCCUACCAGAUAAUUACUGGUUUGACAUGGUAGUAGUGGAAAUCAUCAGGUUCUGCUUGCAAACUUAACUAGUACUAAAUAUUUGCUCCCUCUUCAAACCACUUACCUUUUGAGCAGAACUUACUAUAGAGAAAGAAAUCUACCUAGAAGAUACUUAUAUAUAGGGAAAACUGACCAUCAUGAGAACUGCCUUUAAGUUAAUUUCUCCCACAUUAUUGCAAGUCAUGGGAUAAUUUUAACUUACUGUUAGCAUGGAAAUUAAGUAGGCUGUUUAUCUAAAAGAAUUAAAUUCACUUUUCUGCCUCUAACACGAGAUUAGUUUUGACUGAAAACUAAUCAAGGAAAAAUAUUUGAAAGCCCAACUUUGAUGGUAAAUAUUUUGAUAAAUCUGAUAUUUUAAAAAUGUCAUAUUAUUCAACACAUACAUUAACUACCGGAAAUUAUUAAAGCGUACCAGCACUACUAUCAAAACAAGACACUUGGAAUAUAUUUUACUAUCAAUUAUAAGCAACUUUUAUUCUGAGCAGAAAGUUCAACUAUUCCAUUUGCAAGGGAGAGCACAUCUGCUUUGGGCAAUAGCUGAAGCAGAGUAUAAAUAUUUCAUUUCUUAAAAAUUUGAAAUUGUGUGUGAAUUUGAAGUGUUUCUACCACCAGCAGUAUAUUAUACUUAGAAAACCAUAUGACUUUUCCUUAAAUCCAUCUGAGGUUAUAGUGUAAUAGGCUUAAAACAGUUGCCCUCUUUACAGAACCAGAUGUUCUAAAGUCUUUUGCUGGGUUACAGGAAACUGCUGAAUUUAAUCCUAGCUUUUAAAGUAUUACUAGGAGACUGAAAGUCAACACUAACAUAAAUUUUAAAAUAGGAAGAAAAAGUCGUAUGCUAUCAGAAGUUUAUUACAUAUCAUUGAAAAGUUUCAAGGCAGUUGUCUCAUAUGAACAGUAAUAUAAAUAGUGCAUACUUUAGAGGGAGGACAAAUAUUAUAAUUUUGACCCUUUAUUUCAAAUGUGUGAUUUUGCUCUAAUGAAAGGGAUAAAAUGCAUACUUAGAAUAAUAAUUCAUUUUUGCAGUAUUUUUUUCAUUUGGGUCAAAAAUAGGAUUCAGUGUUCAUAAGAAUAUCAAAAUACCUGUUCAAAAGUGGUAUUUUAAUUUUAAUAUUUUUAUUGUAAAUUGAUUUUACUUUUGGUCUGUUUUCAGGUAUACUUGAUUUAUUAUAUUUAGUCUAAUUGAAUGUGGUAACAUUUUCUUUCUAUUUAGUGGUAGCACACCCUAGAACUGAAAAAUGGCCAGAGGAAAGCUUUCUGGACUUUGGGAACUAGUGGUCUAUUAACCUUGUUUUGAACCUUUUUCUUAGUGAUUCUAUACCAGGUAGAGGGUAAAUUUUGUUUUUAAUAAAAUCCAUAAUCUAGAAUAUGAGAGAAAAAGCAAACAUAAAUCAAUAUGGAUGCUUCGUGUUAUGUGCUUGGGGGCAGGGAGCAGGAAGAAUUAUGAAGACAACCAUUUACCUAAAGCACACUUUGCCAGAAUUUCUGUCUUGGUUGUAGAGUUCAGCCAUAAAUACUGAGGAUAAUUCUCUUAGCUCCAUCCUGAGAAAAUGUAUUUAUACCCUUGUAUCCAUCCCUAUUAUGAAAUUUAUCUUCUUAUAUCUAGUAAGAUUGGCUGGCUCAGUUUUCUUCUAUCAAAUUAUACGGUUUUUUUUUAUAUUACCACAUCAGCAUUAUAUUGAAAGUGUUUUUAAUAGUUGAUUGUAUUUUGUCAAACAACUGCUAGUAUAGAUUCAAGUUUGCUAUUUAAUUUUUUAAAAUACAAUUUAUUUUAUUUUCUAAAUUUUUUUAAAAAGCGUUUUGUUAGUUUGGGAUUAGAAACGGUUUACGUUAGCUGCGUUGAUAAUGAAAUCGAUAUCCCACUAGUUUUUGUGGCAGUGAUUGGGAAAAGUUUAAAUAGAAAAUUAAUGUAAGACUUUUUAAAGGUGUUUUAUAGGUUCUCAUUAGAGAUUUCCUGUUACAUUGAUGAGAAAACAGAUUAUCCUUUACUCCAAGAGAAUGUUUUGUUUGACCCAAGCGGGUACCUCAUAGUAAAGCAUUGAUUAGGACAUUCAUUGUCAGUCAACUAUAAAAUAUUGUUUGAUGAAAAAUGUAAAUUUGUAAUUAGUGCCUUUAUUCACAUUUUGAGAUGAAUUCUCAGUUUUGUACUAUACCUGUUCUCUAGAAGUCAGAUUAACAGCUGAUUAACUUGACAAUGAAAUAAUUCAAGAUUCACCUCCCCACCAACCCUUCAGUUGCCUAGCAAAGUGCAAAGCAUGGGACCCACCCAUAUUACUUUUGGGAGAUUAUUCUAGAUUUUAUUUUUAUUUUGAGGAUGAAGCAAUGAAAGUUUAAAAUAUUUUAUUAGAACUGAAAUGUAACUGCCACCCAAAUACAGUAUUUUUCUCCAUUUUGAACAUGUUACAUUCUUCAUGUUUAAACCCACUGUUGUUAUUGCAGCGCAUUUGGGAACUCUCAGAAUUAACAGGCCCCUUUAUAUGGGAAUAUACUACAUAAUUUGUAUUCUUAGUGUAAUUUAAUUCCUUAAAAUCUGAAAUAAUAUAUAUAUAUAUAUAUAAUCUAUUGGAAAACUCACGGUUAAAUAUGUAAUUUUUGCUUUUUAGGUUCUGUGUUAGGUGUGCUUUGAGGUAUAAUUUUAUUCUAUAUUCCUUAGAAGAAAGAUAAUAAAUUCAAGUUUUAUUGUUAAAAAAAAUUUUUAAAUGGGCACUUACCUUUAUAGCCAAAGUCCUUUUGUUUAAGCAUAAAUUAACUUUUAUUUUCUAUAGCAUAAAGAGAAAAUUAUUUUCCUAUGAAAUGGUGAGUGAUACAGGCAGUGCUGUAAACAAUAGUCUCUGAAGAACUAUGGGGAGUCAGCAAAGAAACUUUUAAAGAAAUCAAUAAAUCUUUAUAUUUUUAAAAAAUCUUUUUUGUGUAGUAUCUUAGGACAAAUUUAGACAUGGGAUUGCUUGUCACUAGCACUCAUUUAAUUCUUAGCUAUGGAAAACUGUAUCAGUAGAUAAAUGUAGUGGUAUUAUGCCUGUGGAUGGGUAAAUUCCAUUGACAUUUAUGUUUGAAGACCAACUUCCUGAGUCUAAAGUUUUCUCUGUGGCUUUGGAUCUAAAAUAUUUCAUAUUCAGUUCAAUUCUAAAAGAGGAUCUUUUAUGUUUUGUUGGGAUAAAGUCCCUUCAAGAUGUAGUCUAUUAACUUGUAUCUAAUAGAAUACUAUGCUGGCUGUCAAAAGAGGUGGAUUUGAAUCUUAAUUUGGCCAUUAAUUGUUUAGUUGACCUUAGAUGGUUACUGUUCACAGCCUUUUUGUUUUCUCCCAUAUUGAGACACUUAAGCCAGCUAGAACUCCAUUAUCUUGGUUUUAAAGUCCUAAUUCCUUACAUACUACAUUAAAGUCCAAAAGUUAAAAUACCAGGAAAGGACAUGUAAUAUGAAAUUAAAUUCAAGAACAUUGUCUGUUCUUUGAUUCCCACCUCAUUUUCAUUUCAUUUAGUUGAUGAAUACAAUCAAAUAAGAAAACAAAGUAUCAACAAGUAACUGCUACUCAGCUUAAAUUGAACUAAGAGCUAAUGAUAAUACAGAAGAGAAAAUAAGCCAUAUUGCUAAGAAAAUUAUUUUAAGCUGCUGAUAAUAAAACACCAGUGUUGUGUUUAAAGUACUCUCUUUCAGAGAAUAUCUUGCUUAUUAUCCUGGCUUUUAUCAAUUAGAAGUGGUCAGUUUGUUCAGAGUCUAUUGGCGUUAGAUGCUUCCCCAAACUCCCAGUUCUGUUUGACUUUUCAGUAUUGAAAGGAGCGUGUAGCCAGGCUGUCAAUAUUUUACUAAAUGUCUCUGUACAUCUGAGAGUAGUUUACAUUCAAGGUUGGUUCCUUCAGUAGUGUCUCGUCCUCAUUUAGCAUUACUGUGAAGCCUGAAAUCCAAGGUUCCCAGAAAGUAUUUUUGAAAGAAUUCCAGGUAGCCAAAAGUAAAUAGAGAAGAUUGAUUUAAAAAAAUUUUUUUCUCCAUUUAUUUUUUUUUUAAUUCUCCAUUUAAAGUAGAAAAAAUAUGGUGUUCAACAGAUCCAAAAUCUCCUUUAAGUGUAUAUGAUUUGGUAAAAUGUUUGGUAAAGGUUAAUUUGGGGUAUAGAGUGUUGUACCUAGAAAUGAAGUAGAAGCAUUUGGUAGUAAAGAUAAACGUGAGGUAGAAAAACCUUCAAAAGGAUAUUAAGUAAGAGAAAAUGUGAAUGAAAACAGUGAAUUUCCCUCAUUUAAGGCACUAAAAUUGCUAGAAAGUAUAGUCUCUUUUCUGUAGAGCUAGAUAUCUUACUUUUAAAGUGGCCAAACGACCAAAGACUAAUCAGGUUUUUAGAAUUUGUUAGUGUUGUCAGUCACAUCUUUUUAAUUUUUUUCUUAAAUUGGUAAUCUGCACCAUCUCCUAGAAAUGGAGAAACAAUAAAAUGUGCCGUACAUAUCUUCUGGAAUAGAUGACAGAGUUCUAGAGGAAUGGAAAUGUUCUCUUGAACAAACUUAUAAAAUCUUAAUUAAGAAGUUACCUCAUUUUUCAGUCCAUAAGGUGCUUUGCUGAAGCUUGUGGGAUGUUACACCCAUAAAUACUCCCCCUUCACGCCAACUAUAUUUGAAAUAUGCAAAAUUCACAUGUAAGGGAUAGCAUUCUUGGGAGAUUCUAUUUCAUUUUAUUCUUGGUUGCGGCGGGCAUGGCUGGCAUGGUAUAGCAGAUUCACGUACUGUCUUCAUUAAAGCACACAGGCAAGUGCUCAGUCAAUACUUAAUUUGUUUCAUUAAAAAUCAAAUAAGGGCAAGGAAGAACCCUAAAAGUUGAUCAAUUAUACUGUGACCAUAGUUCAUUACGUGUUGGGAGGAUGUCAGAUGACUAUCAUUUGAUCUUGGUUGUGCCUAAUUUCUUUGCAUAUUUUGUCCCUAUUCAUAAGUGAUUAUUUUAAUCCUCUUAUGUUUUCCCUCAGGAAGUUCAGGGACUCGACAAGUCCCUCUUUUAUUCUCUUGGAGUAAACUGUUCAGUGUAGUUAUGAGAUUUUUAAUUUCAAUUUAAAAAAAGUUUAGCUGCUAUUUCGUUAAAAGCGUGAAUUACAAAAUGAUGGUUGUGAUUUUUUUUCCAAUUAUGUGAUAGUAUUACAUUUUACCCUAUUUAUCUGUUGCACAGAGUAUGGUUUUUAAAAAGAAAAGAAACAAAAACUAAAAGCUAUUACAGCCUUGUCCCUGGAUUUCUCCUAAGCAGAAUAUAAUGGUUAUAAUCACACAUUGCCAUCUUCACAUAAAUUGGUGCUUUAGAGCAUUAACGAGGAAACAGCAGGCCCUGUAAAAUAUACUUCUUGCCUCAGAAUGUAAAACUACUUUAAAGUGUAUUUAUAUUUAUGUUCAUUUCUUAAGGCUUAAAUACAAACUGUUGUUAUCCAUCAAGCUUUAGGCUUUCUACAAAAGCUGUAACAGUAUCUUUGCUAAUCAGCUUGGUCAAAAUAGAUGGUGUUAAUACGGACAAAAUUAGGAAUUGGAUCUCUCUGUGGGUCCCUUGGUAUUGCAUAGGAGGGAAAAAAGAAUGUUUUUCAUGCCACGAACUGUGCUUCUUAACCCCAACCAAGCAACUGAAAUGUGUGCUAUUGGUCUAAUAUAUAGCAUUAAUAAAAUAAAAAGAGCAAACCAAUUACUUAGUGCAUUUACAUCAUCACUUCUUGAAAAUGGUUCAAAGCAUGUUCUACUAAUGGUGGGGCUGUUUAAAGACAUGUUUUAAAUUUUUUAAUAGCUUUGUUACUGUCAUAAAAUGCUUCUUUUAUAUGUUAAGUUUAGGUUGCUGGUACUUAACGGAUUUUUUUUAUUUCUGCAAUUAUGUUAUAAUGAGUUGCUUGCAUGCCUACUCACAAUAAAAAGGAUGCUGUUUGCUCUGGAAUGUUCAUUUUUUAGACAGGUUUUGGCUCAUUUGCAAUCAUGGUGCGAUACAGUGUAACAUUUAUUUGUUUUCAGUCAACAGUUUUAUUUUUGUCAUAAUAAAUAAUUACUUUUCCAAUA